AUGUUGUGCUCUAUUGGAAGACACUGUACAGACGGCUUGGCGACAAUGAGCAAAGCUGGGAGUUCCGGUGUCCACGAUGAGGGCAGCUACGCUCUAGCUCUAGGCGGUACUGCUGAAGGUGGACUUGCAGAUUUGGGUCGACACGAGGAGGUCGGGAGGCAUCAUCGCGCCGACCACAUGUGCACGUACGCCUCUGGAAAGCCUCUCGGAAAGCAGUGCUCGGGAGGCUUCCAUGCGUCAUCUUCGUGGCGCUUGGCGUUGCUUGAGCCCUGGCCGCCCUUGCAUUUUCGUGUUCGCGAGAAGCAGGUACGGGUUGCUUUUCUGCGGAAAGAUGCAGCACCCAUGAAAAGAAGUCACCGCCAGAAGACCACACGCUCAACCAAGCAUCGCCACGCCUUUCUGGCAUCGUUUGAGAGACGUAGUUCGGCAUAUUCAGGCACAUCUCAACCAUUGCGGAACAGAGUCAUCCCGUUUAAACGUCAUCUCAUUGCAAAAGCCUGGUGUAUAGGAGCUCUCUCACAUCAAACGAGCAGGCUGCGUCGGCCCCAGAUUCGCUUCCCCGGUUUAGGCCCGCGAACUACUGCAUCAUAUUCUCGCAGCGCGUCGUAUGAGCGCCACAGCAGUAGACUCCUCGUGUUCCAGCCGCCAGCACGUGUCCAGAGAACCACUUCUCGCCGGGUGAACCUGCAGGGCCGAAAUACCGCAUUUGCGCAUUCCCAAUGGCUGAACGUUGCCUACUUGUCGUUCCGACGAGCCAAAUAUCGACCAGAUUUCGAGCCAGUGGACUCGUACGGUCUCUUCUUCAGCGCAUUUUCGUCAAGCGCUGUUGAUCACGCCAUGUCAGCACAUACCUUCCGGUCUCCUGGCCAGAAGAGCGCAGCUACUGCGCCCGAGAAUCGUGUGGUCCGAUGA